AUGGACGAAGGAACGCUGGUCGUGGGUAAGAACCGCGAACGGUCAACGUCACCGACGUGGGCGACGGUCGGUGCGCUCGGCGCGCUCGCUACGCUCGGUGCGCUGGCGACGAUGCGCGCCACGGGAUUCGGCUCCCUGGAAGCUUCGAAGCAUGUCAUGCCGCCGCGACCGAGUCAUAACCCGGGAAGGGGGACGCCGAUCACGCACACGCUACACAUUGGAUGCGAGUCAGCGCGCGUGCAAAAGUAUAAUCCGCGCUUUUGGAACAGCGAGAUCGUCGAGGCGAGGAUUGUCAAGCAUGACUACGACGUGCACGCCCGGCGAGGCACGGGGAGCUUUUUUGAAUGGGAAGACGGGUUGGUGAUGAAGAGCCUGGCGAACCUUCAGCCGGGUGAUACGAAGACGUUUGAGUUAACGACGAAUGAUCUGAAUUACGAAUACGGUUACGCGUUGAAGAAUGCCAAAGGUGAGAUUCACUACGAAAUCGGAAUCAAGAAGAAGGCGCCGAUCGCCAGCGCGCAUGGAAUGUGCACGACUGCCUUUGGUAAAUAUCACAAUCGGAUCAUUACGCACGAAUGGAAGGCGAGCGAGUAUCUUGGAUUCAUCGACGCCACGUUUGGGGACUGUAAACCGAACUGCAUGCCAGAGAACCCUGACAAACCAUGGGAUUGGUCUCCAGAGGACAAACAGAAAGCCACCGAAGUCAUGAAGAGGCAACCCCCGAAGGGUCUCAAUGCGAGAUUCAUGAUGUUUGGCGUGAACAGUGGAGGCAUAUGUACGAUGAAUCUUCGCACUCAGCGCGGUUCAUGCGACGACGUUCUUGUGCACUUUGAUCCACGCCCGAAAACAAACAACUUCAUCACUGACAACCAACGGUGCGACGAGUGGCAAGGUCAGUACGAGUAUUUGCCGUGGGUGCCGGCGGAAAUGGGAUCGACGCAAGAAAACGACGGCACGAGAUGGAAAUUUGUCUUUCAGUACCACACGGAUGGUCUCAACAUCGAGCUCAACGGCAAAAAAUACGCAAAGUACACCUGGAACUCUCAGGACGGCGGAUACAACACGGUGAGCAAAAUUGAGAUGGAAUACGACAACCGCAAGCACAUCCGUCAAGGUGCCCCCCUCGGUGGUAAUCAAGGGGCUCACGGCUGUUACCUCGUGGCCAUGAUGCCCCCUCGGACUUCUAUAGGUGCGGCGGCUUUCACGCCCCCGUAG